CCAUCCCCCAAAACAAAAUAAAUAUCAAUGCCUCUGUUUUCCCCUGUUUGAUGCUUCCAACAUUGCACUUGAAAAAAAACUCAAAGACAAAACCACACUAAAUAUUCACACAUAUCACAUAUGGGAGCUUGUGCAUCAUCUCAAUUCACAAACAAAAGUAGGAAACAACGUUGGCAAUCCUCAGUAAACAUAAUUGACAUGGAUGGUAAGUUAGAGAAAUACAAGGAGCCCAUAAAAGCAGAGCAUGCUCUGUUCAAGAAUUCGGACUGCUUCCUCUGCAGCUCGGAAAAGAUGUAUGUAGGCUCGGUGUUGCCGCACGUGGAUCCGAAUGAGGAUCUUCAGUUGGAUCAGAUUUACUUUCUUGUUCCACUCUCCAAAUCUCACGUACCGCUCUCCCUUAAGGAAUUGUGUGUGUUUGCCAUCAAGGCUAAUGCAGCACUUGUUCUUCACUCAGAGUAUUCUGCCACAAAUUCAAUGUUGAAGUCUUCCUCCGUUUCACAUAGGAAUGAUUGUUUUACACAUUCAACUCUGCAAAGUGUGUCUCACAAAUUUGGAUCCUCCUAUAUUUAGAUGGGAAAAGAUAUGAUGAUCACUAGCAUAUCUUUAUUAUGUAUUUCUCAUAUUUUAACUUCUUUUCCUCCUAAAAAAGAAUUAAUCAACAAUGAAAGUGUUAAUUUAUACAAGGUUUGUAUUCAUGAGUAAAUAGUCAUUUUUAUCCGAAAAAUAAUAAU